GUGCAGAGAGACGAGGGGGAGCGGACGGCGGGGCCGGUUCUCUCCGUUAGCCCUUCAGGCGAGCCGGGCGGGGACUCGCUGGCUCCGGGGCCGCUCCAGUCGCGCUCCAGCGUUUGACCAGCGGCUGCUGAAGGCAGCUGAGCGAGCGGCGGGGUCCCAGCCGGGCCGGUGGGCGAUGGAGCAGCCCGUGUGCCUCGUCGCCAACCCGGCCGACGGGGAGCUGGAGGUGACGGAGGAGGCGCUGGAGGCCCUGCGCGGCGUGGAUCAGCCCGUGGUGGUGGUGGCCGUGGCCGGGCUGUACCGCACCGGCAAGUCCUACCUCCUGAACCAGCUGGCCGGCAGGAGAACGGGGUUCUCGCUGGGCUCCACCAUCCAGUCGCACACCAAGGGCAUCUGGAUGUGGUGCCUGCCCCACCCCCACCCGCGCUGGGCCGGCCACACCCUGGUGCUGCUGGACACCGAGGGGCUGGGCGACGUGGAGAAGGGCGACACCAAGAACGACGCGUGGAUCUUCGCGCUGGCCGUGCUGCUCAGCAGCACCCUGGUCUACAACAGCAAAGGGACCAUCGACCAGUUCGCCAUGGACCAGCUGCACUUUGUGUCUGAGAUCAGCACCCGCAUCCGGACGAAAGCCCAGGCCGAGGAUGGCUUUGAGGACGACACUCAGUACUCCCGCUUCUUCCCCAAGUUCAUCUGGGCGGUUCGGGAUUUCACGCUGGAGCUGAAGCUCAACGGGCGGGAGGUGACGGAGGACGACUACCUGGAGAACGCGCUCGCCAGGCGGAAGGGUUUCACGAAGGAAGUGACCCAGCACAACCUGCCCCGCGACUGCCUUCGCAACUACUUCCCCUCCCGCAAGUGCUUUGUCUUCGUGCCGCCCGUGGCGGGGGAGGAAAUGAACCGGCUCUGCACGCUGCCGGACAGCGCCCUGCACCCGCACUUCCUCGCGCAGGCCGCCAGCUUCCGCGAGCACGUCCUCCGGGAGUCGCAGGUCAAGACCGUCCCCGGAGGGCAGCCCGUCACCGGCCGACUGUUCGGCGCCUUAGUGCAGAGCUACGUGGGCACCAUCCGCAGCGGGCAGGUGCCCUGCCUGGACAACGCGGUGACCGCCAUGGCCGCCAUGGAGAACGAGGCGGCCCUCAGGGAGGCGCUGGCUCACUACGCGGCCGGGAUGGGGGGGCUGCGGCUGCCGGCGGAGCUGGGCGAGCUCUCGGCGGCGCACGGGACGUGCGAGGGGGACGCCCUGCGGCUCUUCAUGCAGCGCUCCUUCAAGGACGAGGGUUACACGUACCAGAAGCGGCUGAUGGAGGCGAUGAAGGAAAGUUACGGGCGGUUGUUGGGCCAGAACGAAGCUGCGUCCAAGGACUCCUGCCGCGCCCUGCUGGAGACGCUCUCAGCCGCCAUGCGGAAGCAGCUCGGCGACGGGGUUUACUCCCAGCCCGGUGGGUACGAGCUCUACCUGAGAGACCGGAACCAGGUGGUGGAAGAUUUCCGCAAGACCCCCAACAAAGGAGUCAAGGCGGAGGAGGUACUGGAACAGUUCCUGGCCACCAAGGAGAGCGAAGCAGAAUCAGUCCUCAACGUCGACAAAAAGAUGACUGAAGCAGAAAAGGACCUGGCCACCCAGAGGCAGAAGGCGGAGCUGCUGGAGCAGCAGCGGAAGGCGGCGGAGGAGAAGCGGCUGCAGACGGAGCAGCUGAUGAAGGACCAGGAGCGCAGCCACCAGGAGAACGUGAAGCAGCUGGAGGCCAAGAUGGCGGAGGAGGCGGCUCAUGCCAAGCAGGAGGCGGAGCGGGCGCUGCAGAGCAAGCUGACGGAGCAGGAGGCCAUGCUGCAGCAGGGCUUUAAGGAAAUGGCCCAGAUGCUGGGGGAGGAGAUCGCCGAGCUGAGGAAGGAAAUAACCCGUUCCAAAGAGCAGGAGCUUCUCAACACGGCCAAAGUCCUAGCUAAGGCUCUCACGAUGGCCUAUGAGGCGUGGGGCCGCGGCGAUGAAGAUGUCCCCCUCCCUCCCGGCGCCAGGCCGGCGAGAGACCCGGGCGGCGGGUACAACCCCGGCUGGCAGCAGCGGCUGUAACCCGACGCAGGAAGCAAUGGGGUGUUUCCUUGCUCCGCACCCUGCAGCCUGCAGCCGGGGCCGGCCCCACCCAGACGCAACGUAGGCGGCUGGGUGGGGCACCCGGCAACGUGGGGGGCCAGAUUCCCCGGUGCCCCACGCAGCCGCCUACUGCUCCGGCCCCGC